AUGUGGGAACUUGUGGGCCUCCUGCUGCUUACCCUAGCCUAUUUCUUUUGGCCGAACAGAAAAACCUUUGCUGCCAAGUACCCUAAGAGCCUCCCAUCCUUGCCCCUGGUGGGCAGCCUGCCAUUCCUCCCUAGACGUGGCCAUUUGCACGUCAACUUCUUCAAGCUACAGGAGAAAUAUGGCCCCAUCUACUCUUUUCGUAUGGGCCCCACGACUACAGUGAUAGUGGGUCAGCAACAGCUGGCCAGGGAAGUACUUGUCAAGAAGGGCAAGGAAUUUUCUGGGCGUCCCCAAGUGGAAACUCUCAGCAUCCUGUCAAACAAGGGGAAAGGCGUUGCCUUCGCUGACUCUGGUGCCCAGUGGCAACUGCAUAGGAAGUUGGUGCUGGGCACCUUUUCCCUGUUUAGGGAUGGUGACCAGAAACUGGAAACGAUCAUAUGUCGGGAAGUCAAUAGUUUGUGUGAUUUUCUGGCCACCUGCAAUGGAAAGGACAUAGAUUUGUCUGAACAUGUCUUCAUGUCGGUCAUCAACAUAAUCUCCUUGAUCUGCUUCAACCUGUCUUUCAAGAGAGACGAUCCUACGUUGAGGCUCAUGAAGAACUUUACAGAGGGCAUCUUGGAUAGUCUGGGCAAAGAAACUCUGGUGGACAUAUUCCCCUGGUUGAAGAUUUUCCCCAAUAAAAUCCUAGACGAAAUAAGGAAGCAUGUUAAAAUUCGAGAUGAAGUGCUGGGUGAAAUAGUGAAAAAGCACAAGGAGAAAUUCCAAAGCGACUCUAUCAACAGCCUGCUGGACAUCCUGAUUCAAGCCAAAAUGAAUGCAGACAACAACAAUCCUGGCCCCGAUCAAGAUUCAAGUAUACUCACAGAUAAGCACAUCCUCGCGACCAUAGGGGACAUCUUUGGGGCUGGCGUGGAGACCACCACCUCUGUGGUGAGUUGGAUUGUGGCGUUCCUGCUGCACAACCCUCAGGUGAAGAAGGAAAUCCAGGAGGAGAUUGAUCAGAAUAUAGGUUUCAACCGGAUGCCAAAUUUCAGUGACCGAACCCAUCUCCUCCUGCUGGAGGCCACCAUUCGAGAGGUGCUUCGCAUCAGGCCCGUGGCCCCAGUGCUCUUCCCCCACAAGGCCCAAAGCAAAUGCAGCAUUGGCGAGUUCACGAUCCUCAAGGACACACAAGUGAUCAUCAACUUGUGGGCACUGCAUCACAACGAGCAGGACUGGCAGCAGCCAGAAAAGUUCAUGCCCGAGCGCUUCUUGGAUCCAACAAAGAAACAGCUCAUCACACCCUCGUUAAGCUACCUGCCUUUUGGAGCUGGUCCCCGCGCCUGCUUAGGAGAAGCCCUGGCCCGCCAGGAGCUCUUCCUCUUCAUGGCCACCUUGCUGCAGAGGUUUGACCUUGAGCUGCCGGAUGAUGGGAAGCUGCCCUCUCUGGAAGGUGACCCCAAAGUGGUCUUUCUGAUUGAUCCUUUCCAAGUGAAGAUCAAGGUGCGCCAGGCCUGGAAGGAAGCCCAGGGUGAGGAGAGCACUUAA